CAAAUAUAAAGAAGAAUAUCGUGUGUGAUAUUGAAGGCAAUAACUAUUAUGUGCUUUUAAUUAUUUUUUUUUAAUUAUCCUUUUUUUUACGGGAAAAUAAAAUUUUUGUUUUACAUGAAAAUAAUUUUAUCUGAUAGUUAUUGUUUUGUUAGUUUAAGAAGAAAUUCAGAAGGGAACAAGUGCUGAAGAAAAUGUGUGAUUUUGAAAAAGAAGUGAAUUCAUUUUAAAAUUGUCAGUGAAGAUGUUGUUCAUAAAUAAUUAAUUUUAAACAAUUAUGUGUUGAUUAUUAAAAAGAAAUUACGUGCGUGUUUAAUAAUUUCAAGUUGAAGGGGUAUUUUUUUUAUAAAUAAGAGAAAUGAGUUCACAACCUCAUUCACGAAAUUUCCGUUCGGAAGAUGCAAUUUCUGGAACAUUUUCUGCAUUGCAUUUUCUUCGGAAUUACAGUCUUCUUGCACCGCCUCCAGAAUUAUGCAGAUAUGAUCCGUAUCAUCCAAUAGAUUUUGGAGUAGAUGCUGAUGUUAUACAAAGUAACAUAAAUAAAGAAGCACCUUCAUCACCUUUAGUACCUUCAUCAAUGUCUACAACAUUUUCGCUUCCAACUGGUCUUUUGCAACCUUCUCUUAUUACAACAAUACCACCUUUUAUGCAAUCAGUCAAUAUUCCACAACCAUGUGUAAAUUCUACGUCAGAUGCAUUGAUGAAUAGACAUCUAAUUAGUACGGGUGUAACAAGUUUUCAACAAAGGAAACCUCGAAGUGAGAAGAAAGCAAUUCCAGAUGAACAAAAGGAUGACAAAUAUUUUGAGAGGAGAAAACGCAAUAAUCAGGCGGCAAAAAAAUCUCGAGAUGCACGUAAAAUUCGAGAAGAUCAUAUAGCAUUGAGGGCAACAAUGUUGGAGCAUGAAAAUGCAAUUCUUCGAGCACAAAUUGUUUCUUUACGUGAAGAAACUCAAUCUCUUCGGCAUAUUUUAAUGAAGCAACAGACUUCUAGUUUACAAUCGAUGGAUCGUAGCAGAUCAAUUUCUGAAAUAGGACCUAUCUCUUUAUCCAAUGCUCGAUCUGUAACUUCUUUAGUUGUCUAAAUUAAUUAUGUAUUUAUAAAAUUUUUAUGUAAAAAUUAUAAUCAUAACGAAUAUAUGUUAUUAAAAACUCAUAUUAUUGCUUUAUAUAUAACAAUAAGUUUUAUUUAAUCUAUAGUUUAUGAAUAUUAAA